AUGAGCCUUGCCAGCUGGGAUGUCGUCAGCGAUCGCGAGAAGGAGCAGAAUCUCGGCGUUAUCGCGCGGGGAAAGCUUGCACAUGCGAAGAGCAAGAGCGAGGUGGACAAGCUGCAAGCGGAGGAUCAGAAGUUCCAGCACACCCUCAGCCAGCACACCGCUGCGUUGGAUGACAUCUCCCUCAAGGUGAACAAUCUGGUCAAGAAGAAGGGUGACUCAGACGAAAAGCUCCGCAGUCUGACGGUGGUGUCAUCCGAGAUGGCCAAGUACAAAGAGAUGACGCCCCAGCAGCUGAUGAAGCAGCUAGGUGCCACCAACAAGGCUCUUGGGAAGUUCGAGCACGUCAACAAGAAAGCCAUCGACCAGUAUACAACCUUCAUGGACCAGCUGCAAGAGCUCCAGCAGAAGAAGGAGGUCAUCGAUCAGUCGCGGGAAGCCGUUGAGAAGUUCAUGAGCUCUGUCGACGCCCAGAAGGAGGAGACCAUGAGACAGACUCUCGAGCGAGUGGACAAACACUUCCAAGAGAUCUUCGCCGAUCUCGUCGCUGGCGGCGUGGGCAAACUGCGGAUGAUGAACGCCAGCGACCGGGUUAUCGAUCCCGAGGAAACUCCUGCCAGACUGGGUGAGGAGGAGCCCACCAGAGGCGUCCGCAUCGAGGUGUCUUUCACAGGUCAGUCCUCCUCCUUCUUGACCAUGCCCCAGCUUUCCGGCGGACAGAAGACUGUCGUGGCCAUUGCCCUCGUCUUUGCCAUCCAGCGCCUCGAACCCGCUCCCUUUUAUCUCUUCGACGAGAUCGACGCAGCCCUUGAUGCGCAGUACCGCACUGCUGUAGCGAGGCUCCUGGCGAAAGAUGCCCGGAAUGCGCAGAUGGUUCUCACGACCUUCCGGCCUGAGAUCAUCGAAACUGCAGAUCGUUUCUACCGCGUGUACAUGAAGAACCGCGUCAGCCGCAUCGAGAGUGUGCCUCGUGCAGAGGCCAGGAAGGUGAUCGAGGAGCAGACACGCCUUGGCCAAGUCGAAGCAUGA